AUGGAGCUUGAAAAAACCAAGUCAAAUAAGAAUCUUGAUAAGAUUAUGAGAGGGGCAGGUUUUAUCCAAGAAAUAAAUUCCUUGAUCGAUAAACCUCUUCAAGCUGUCCCUGCGGCAGGUCCUCCUAUUGCAGCCUUGGGUCUUGUUGCCGUGCUUGUUUCUAGGUCAGUGUCUGAACGAAGUGCCAAUCGCGAGGGGCUUCAACACGCAUAUCGCCAUCUGUCAUGGUACUGGGAACUAUCGGGUCACUUACUACAGUCCAACAAAUACGAUAGUUCGACUCAGGAGUUGAGAAACUUGCUUAAAAUCGAAAUAACUCGUCUCUAUGAGGAGCUUUUGAAGUAUCUUAUGGAGAGCGUUUUGAUUCGUCGCAAGAACUGCUUGCUCCGUGCUGUGCGCGACACGAUCAAGUUUGAUGACUGGGAGAGUAAAAUAGCGGCGAUUAAAGAAAUUGAAACCCAGAUCAAGGAUUCCAUUACAAAGUAUAGCGACAUAGAAAAGGGGAAACUAAGAAAACUCGCCCUUCAAGAAAAAUAUCAUGAUCACAUCAACGCGUUAGGGGAUGCCGAUGAUAUCGGCGAUCCCGAAUUCGACCUCGAACAUGUUAUGGAAGAAAAGGGAGGGCUCAUGAGUAGCUGCUGCUCGUGGUUUUUUAAACUACCAAAUUUUCAAAAGUUUAUCAGCGAUACUAUGCCAGGCGUAUUCUGGAUAACAGGAGCCGCUGGAAAAGGCAAGACCAUGUUAAUGUGCGACAUCAUUCAAAACCUUCAAGUCCGUGUCCCAGAAGGGAAGAUAUGCUACUACUUCUGCCAGGCACGCAAGUUGGGCUCAGUGGAAUACGAUUCGGCAGCCUUACGAGGUCUCAUCAAAUCUAUCGUCUUCCAGCAAAUGGACCUAGUCAGCCAUGUCCGAGAAAGGCUGGACAAUAACCGUGACGUUUUCCGAGGUCGCAAUGCCGCGUUUGCCGCUCGACAGGCACUCACUUCCAUACUAGAGAGUAGGCAGAUGAAGGGGACCAUCAUUUGUAUUGAUGCUCUCGACGAAUGUGGCGGAGAUCUUGGGCAUCUACUCGAGUUAAUAACCAGGAAGUCUGAUGUCAAAUGGGUCGUAUCAAGUCGCAGUAAAACCGCAGCAGUGGAUAAGAAGCUUACAGCACAUUCCACUUGCUUCAAAAUGUCGUUGGAAGAUGCAGGAAACUCUGUUUCAACUGCUGUUUCACUGUAUGUCGAGGAACAAACACGAGUUUUAGAAGAGAAAUGGAGCACAACGUCUGAAACUCGUAUAAUGAAGAAUAUCAACAACACACUUAUUGAGCGUGCCGAGGGGACAUUCUUGUGGGUUUCUCUAGCCUGCAAGGAGCUCCAAAAGCUCUCGUCUGCUAGAAAUGCGCUGAAAACACUGGAUUCCCUGCCGAAGACGAUCAACUCUCUCUACAAAAGAAUGAUGAAUAUCAUUCGAGACGGCCCAGACUUUGAGGACUGCAAAGAAGUACUCAGCGCUUGCUUGGUUGCGCAGCGCGACAUCACCGUUCGAGAGUUUUGUCUUCUUCUGAAAUGUCCAGAAGACUUAGAAGAAGAAAUUUCAUAUUGGGAGAAAAUUGUUGAGGAAUGCGGCUAUUUUCUAAGAAUAUCCCCCGUCAACCAUGCCAUCAAAUUUGUUCACAAAUCUGCGAAAGACUACCUAAUGGAGACUGAAGCAUCCGAAAUACCCCGAGUCGGUAUUAAUCAUGACAUUUUAAGAAACAGCAUUAGAAUGAUGAGUGGAAAACUUCACCGUGACAUGUGGCAGCUGCGACAUCCCGGAGCAGCAAAGCCCGCCAAAGGGCCAGAUGACGAUCCUUUGGAACUCAUUAGCUACCCUUGCACCUUUUGGGCGAGUCAUUUAGACAUUCCAAGUUCGCCCACCGCCGAGCAGGAUACAGUCGCCGCCGUUCUCCUAGGGGAAGACAUCUUGAAUUUCCUCAAGGUCCAUUUACUUCAUUGGAUGGAAGCUCUCACUCUAUUGGGUGCCAUGUUGGAAGGGGGCGUGGCACUUUUAAAACUGAGAGACUUUGCUGUAGGUCUAAAUCCAGAGUCAUAUGCCGUUGAGGAGUGCCCCUUGCAACUCUAUACCUCGGUUAUGACUUUUACUCCGCGGCAAAGUUAUAUCAGGAAAUAUUUCGGUCACGAAAGCCCUCGCUGGGUCAAAACAUCGUCCUUUGUGUUGGAUCAAUGGCCAUCGUACUUUUUACUACCUGAAAGAUCGGGAACACACGUAGGUAUAGCGUAUUCUCGAGACAGCCACCAAUUCGUUUCGGCAACUAGCCAUGAUAUUGAAAUUCGAGAUACAAUUACUGGCGCUCUUUUGCAAAAGUUUCUAGUCCCACAUGAUGACGAGCCUGGAUCAACAGAUGUCAUUGCAGCAUUAUCCAAGGACGGUAUAAAGUUUGCUAUCCACAGGCAUGACCUUGGCCUCAAAGUCCUUGACAUUCUUAAUAAAACCUGGUUAGAGUUAUCUGAGGGUCAUUUUGGAGCGUAUGAGCUAAUAUUCUCAAACGACUCAAGGAUUUUAUUAUCGAUAUCUAACUCUUCAAUAAGAACAUGGAAUACGAACACAGGCAGACUUAUUAUCUGUCGGACAUGGGUCGGUAAACCUGCCAGGAUUGUCUUUCUGGGGAACAGCACGAAGAUUGCACUAGUCUUAAAGACCGGCAAUAUUGCAAUUCUAGACGCCAAGACAGGGUGCUAUCAUUGUGAAUUUUCUCAACGUAGGGAGGGGACCUUGACGAGUGUGCAGCAACUGGUUCCGUUCCCAAUAUGUUGGUCACUGUUGUUCUCAGUUGAGCUUGAGAGAAUCUGUCUUUGUAACCUUGAAACUGGAGCCAAGGAAAUCCUAGAAACGCCCUGGAACUAUUCCAAUGGAAUGUUUCUUCACGCUAUGGACAUUGCCAUAUCUACGAGCGAAGAAAUAGUCGCUAUUCUGGCUGAAGACUCCCUGCACAUAUACAGGCGACAUAAACAAAGGGGCUCUAUGACACCAAAAAUCGAGUAUACGACAACACUUUCCGGAAGUUUUGCAAUGUGCAGAUCGGCGAGAAUUGUGUUUUCCGAAGACAGCAGAUUCCUGGCAGCUAUACGAAGCGAUACGCAGAUAGAGGUUUGGGACAUAAACUUGAGUAAAAGGACCUCCCUAUUCAAGUUUGAUGUUGCAGUCAAAAGUUUCACAGCACUAGUAUUUAACCCCGACAGCACCUUCUUGGCCGCAAGUAUUAUUGAAGAGAGUGGGAAAACCCAAACCCGAAUUUGGAAAGUUGAUUCUACCAACAAGACGCUGCCGUGCGGCUGGGACCGUGGUAACACGGCCCUGGUUUCCUCUGUCCAAUUUUCAAAUGAUGGCCAGUGGCUUGCUAUAAGGUUUUCCAGCUUGCGUGCCGAGUUGUGGCGCAGUUCAGGAGAGCCUCAAGACUCUUUUCUGGAUGGGGAGAAUGACCAGGUGACAGACCUGGCAUUUUCAUGGGAUAGCACCAAGCUUGGUUACGGUACAAAUGAUGGCAAGGUCAAAGUCUUGGACAUGUCUUCCAAUCGUACCAAACACCUAUACGAUACGAUUUCUAGGGCAGAAAAGGCUAAAGCCCUGUCCUUUUCCAGAGACGAUACGCUUCUUGCUGCGAGGAUAUCUGAUUUAAUCCGAAUAUACAAUAUGAAAACUGGCCUUUACCACGAUCUAAAGAUACCCGGGAGCGACUUUAGCAAAUCUCCUACGUUUCCAGAGCCUAAUUAUUGCAAUAUAUCUGUCUUCAAAAACUGGACUGUCGUAGCUGAGCAACAGGGUCGCAUAUAUCUUUGGGACGCUAGCAAAGUUGUCAAAGUUUUUUCCCUCGACGAUAUCUUGACUCCCAUGAGGGGAUGGGGAGAUGUCGUGUCAACCGAUCUAAGAACCAUUGGGGGCAGGGUGCGGAUUGUAUUAGGUUCCAAUAAAGGAGGCAUACAUAUCAUCGAUGUUGGUUCUGGAAAUGUUUUACAUUCGGUUGAGACGGGGCCGCUUAGCACCUUGGCCACGCAUCAGGAUGACAACACAUUUGUCUCUACCAGCCAAGGCGAUAUCGACCUAGCUCAAUUCUACCUUGAUGAAACCGAGACAUUUCAUAGUCCCAACCCGAAUGAUAUAAUUUAUCGUGGGUAUGGUGUAUCGGGUUCCUGGAUUCUAAAGGAUGGGAAACGAAUCAUUUGGCUUCCUCCGCAGUAUCGUACAAGGUGGACUGGACUGGAUUUUUGGGGGAAAGAAUUUGCAGUUAGCAACUCCCAGAUGGCUAUUUUGUCCAAUUCCAAAGCCUCGGGUCUGCAAAGCGCGACGAUUACGAAAACAUGUGCAGUGAUCGAGAUCAAGGCGCGCGGGUUCAGUCGGCAAACGUCUUGGUCUUUGCUGUGCACGGCAUACGGACAUGCCUCGGAUGCAGCCGGACUAGUCGUCGGUGGCUGUGUCUGGCAAAGGCCGGCGCCAUUCGGAAAGUACCAGGCUGUUGUUUCUCGCGUAUGCAUGGACAACUUCCGCGGGCUGGCGCAUACCCUGACCACGUUUCAUUCCCACGAUGCCGUCCCAGAGACAGCGCAUAGUUGCGGCGAGAGGAUGGCACGGCAGUAUGCAACUCGACGAGAAAGGACGCUCGCUUGGUAUGGCAUUGAACAAGCUUUCCGGGCGCUAUAG